AACAUUUCCCAUGAUGCAGCUGCGCGCAAGCAGCUAUGUCUUCCCGUCAUGCAUUAUUCUCAAAGAUGGCGACUUCCAUGAGCUGGCAAGAAGCUAGAGAUAAAUUGAAGAAAUGGAGAGAAGACAACACAAGGAACAGCAUUGAGACUGUUGAGCUUGGACAGUAUUUGCUGGAUAAUUAUCGCCGAAAACUUGGGGAUGAAGUGUGGACUAUCUACGAACAAGUCUGCAUAGCAGCGCUGGACUGUGGGGACCAAGACUUGGCAUCAGACAUCAUUGAUACAAUAGAGCAGAACUUUCCAAGUAGUAUAAGAGGCAAGAGGUUAGAAGGUCUACAAUAUGAGAGUCUUGGAGAGUAUGAAGCUGCAAAAGAGCACUAUGAAGAUCUUUUAAAAGAAGACCCAUCAAAUGCGAUGGUGAGGAAGAGAUUGAUAGCACUCUUAAAAGGACAGAAUCGUAUAGGUGAAGCUAUCAAGGAAUUAAAUUCAUAUCUACAAAAGUUUAUGAGUGACCAUGAAGCAUGGAUGGAGUUAGCAGAUCUGUACAUAUCAGAACAAAAUUACAGUAAAGCAAGUUUUUGUUUUGAAGAGCUCAUCAUAUCCAAUCCACACAAUCAUUUAUACCAUCAGAAAUAUGCAGAGAUUCAGUAUACACAAGGUGGAACCGAAUGUAUGGAGAUCGCUAGGAAGUACUUUGCCCAUGCUGUCAAAUUGAAUGGUAACAACAUGAGAGCACUAUAUGGCAUGUUUAUGGCUGCUACCAAUAUUGCUUCAUCACCAAAGGCCUCAGGAAAAGUUAAAAAAGACAACAUGAAAUAUGCAGCAUGGGCAGCCCAGCAGAUUGCUUACAAAUACAAGGUUGCACAAGGUAAGGACACCGGGAGCAAUAUGCAACAUUUGGAAAAGAUGCUGGACUGUUUACAGAUAACACCUGCACCAUAACGAAAAUAGUGGGAUGCCACAUCAAUUUUUACGUAUAAAUCAGAGACAUUUGAUCAAGGUGCUAUGUAACAAAGGAAGCGCUCAUUUUCUUUGAGGAGGAUCAGUAUAUUGCGAAUGGAAUCGUGAAAGAGUCGGUGAGGGAAUGUAACAUCGGGGUUGUACAUACAUGUGAAAGGUGUCACAAUCUACUGGAUUCUUCAAUAGGCAACAAGGCUGAGGAUCUUGAAUAGGUUUGGAGAGCAUUCUGUCUAUAUUUGUGCUCUUACAACUUUCCUUGAUUGGCUUAGAACUGAGGAGCACAGGUAUCGUCUGACUGUGACUAUGGUAACUGUCAGAUAAAAACAGUCUUGGUGGAUAAAACAUCCUACAUGCCUUUUCUGAAACGAUCCCUAAAUUGGUCUUUAAAGUUAUAGCUGGAAUAUCAGGAAGACAACACCACGUGCAUUGAGAUCUGGGG